GUUGAGAAACAUGUGAGUUCCGGUUUAGUUACUUAUUUUAACUCCUACAUUAAAGAGUUCCUUCUCCUUCUCAAACAUCCCAACUUCGAUUUUUCGCUUUAUUUUAAGGAAAAUGUCCAGUUCUGGUUCAUCCCUGACAAAGUUUGUUUCAGAGAAAGAAUUGGAAGAAAAAAGACAACAGCGACAAAAAGAAUGGGAAAAAGUUCGUCAACCAGAUCAGCCACUUAAGUGUCCAGAAGAAGUAGUAGAUAAUCGUUCUUUAUUCGAUAAACUCCAAGAACAGAAGAAAAAGAAAGAGGAAGAAUAUGAAGAAGAACAACGAAACAGAAAUUCAGUAAAAGGUUUAGAAGAGGAUGAGGUCAGCUUUUUGGAUUACAUUUCUAAGCAACAAGAAAGAUUACAGAAAGAAAGAGAAAAAGAACAAGCAAAUGUUAUGGAAGAAAUGACUGCUGUAGCUUUGACCAAACUCAAAGAAAAUAAACCUGAAGAGAAGAAAUGUUCACGUGCCCAAGUAGGAGCAACUAAAACAAAAUCUCAAGCUCAACUGUUGCUAGGUGCUGUGAAGAGGAAAGGGAGUCCUGAAAAGACAAAUGUGGAAAUUUCUGAGAAAAAACAAACAGAGCCUUCAGAAGGAAUUCCUAAGAAAGUAUUUAAAUCGAACAUUGCUCAAGUGAGAUACAUUCUUCCAAGCAUUGGUGUCUACUCAAAUCCCAGCUCUGAUUCAGAAACAUCAAGUAGUGAAGAUUCUGACCUAGAUGCUCCCUGUAUGAUGACCAGUACUUUACACACAGAACACGAGCUAAAACGAAUGACACGUGACCGAGUACCAUUAUGAAAACUUUCCACAAAAUUUUUAAAUAUGUAAAACUAGCAGAUCUGUGUUUUAUUCAUUGAAUUAUUUACAUAGAAUCAGUCUAAAAGAAAAAGAAAAGAAACAAAACUUUGGCAUUGUACAAAGAAAGAAGCCUUAAUUUAGUAAGAUAUACCCUUUUUUGUGAUGCCUUACUUCAUAAUAACUUGCUACAGUUGUUUCUAUAUUCUAAAGGGAUACUGUAAAAAUAAUUCCUUAUAAAUGUUUUCCAGUAAUGUACUGGGAAUAUCCCUUUAAAUCCCUUGAUUAAUAUUAAAAGAAACUUGUAGAUUUAAUAAAUGUAUUAUUUUAACUAUGAAUGACUAAAAUUUAUUGCCUUUGUAAGUAGAAUUUUCAAUAAGUAUCUCACACUAUUUUAGCAUUCUACAGGUUUUUGUUAGAAGUAAUACCACUGCAUGUGUAUGCAUGCACACUUGUAUCUGAAACUGCAUCUGCCUAAAUCAUAGUAUCCUUGUAAAAUAUCUGGCUUCUUUCAAACUGGAACAUACCAAAGUGUUAUUUACUACAAUUUUCUGGUUAUUAAAUGACCUUUGUUGACAA